UUGUUUUUAUUUUUUUGAGACAGUCUUGCUCUGACACCCAGGUUGGAGUGCAGCGGCAUGAUAACAGCUCACUACAGCCUCACCCUCCCAGGCUCAGGAGAUCCUUCCACUUCAGCCUCCCAAAUAGCUGGGACCACAGGCAUGAGCCACCAUGCUGGGCUAAUAUUUUUAAUUAUUUUUGUAAAGAUGGGGUCUCCCUAUGUUGCCCAGGCUAGUCUCAAACUCCUAGGCUCAAGUGAUCCUCCCACCUUGGCCUCCCAAAAGUGCUGAGAUUACAGGCAUGAGGCACUGCAUGUGGCCCAGAAAAUAUUUCUGAAUGGAACUUGAAAAAAUGGAUAUUUUGGUCUAUACUUCACCAGCCCCACUGAGCACUCCAGAGCCAGAUGUGAAGGGAAGAGGGUAGCCAGGGUAUCCCAUAACUCUCUUUCUGUAUCCUGUCUUUUCCCCACCAGGGAGUAGGAAAACAUUCUAUCCUGAAAACAAGAUUAUUUCACCUCUAAACAGUGGCUUUUAAUUAUUUUGAUCUCAACCCACAAUAUGAAAAACACAUCAUAUUGUGUCUGAAUACAAACUCAAAACUGAAACAAAAGUUUCAUCAAUUGAGACUUGAAAUGUGUGAUACAUCCUGGUGUUUUUUUUUUGUAUUCUAUUUUUUUUUUUUAAUGUUGAUCACAAUUCUCUAUAAACGGAUUUUAAAACCUACUGACAGGCCACAACCAGCUGUUUGAAAAAAAGUACUCUGAAAUAUCACAUGGGGGAGGAAAUGCAGAGAUCAUCUAGUCCAAUCCCUUCACUUCACAGGGGGUAAACUGAGUCUCAGAAGAUCAAGUCACUUGCCCAAGGCCACGCAGCUAGUAAGUGGCUGUCGUUGGAUUUGACCGUAAUAACCAUCGGCUACUGAAUGCCCAUCAUGUGUCAGCCAUUUGCUGAGUUUUUUCUUUUUUUUUCUUUUUGAUACGGAGUCUUGCUCUGUCGCCAGGCUGGAGUGCAGUAGCGCGAUGUCGGCUCACUGCAACCUCUGCCUCCCGGGUUCAAGCGAUUCUCCUGCUUCAGCCUCCCGAGUAGCUGGGACUACAGGCUCGCGCCACCACGCCUAGCUAAUUUUUGUAUUUUUAGUAGAGACGGGGUUUCAUCAUGUUGGCUAGGAUGGUCUCGAUCUUUUGACCUCGUGAUCCGCCCGCCUCGGCCUCCCAAAGUGCUGGGAUUACAGGCGUGAGCCACCGCGCCCGGCCUGCUGAGUUCUUUAAUUGCAUUAUUUCAUUUAAUACUCACUGUGAUCCUAUGAAACAGAUACUAUUCUUUCCACCUUACAGACGGGGAAACGGAGUCUCAGAAUAGGGGAAAUGACUUAAGGUGUCACAAUGGCCAGUAGCAGACACAGGAGUAGUCUUUAGGUCUGGCCGUGCACAAAGCCCCGUGCUCUCAAGCUGUAACCCCGCUAUCAAGAAAGUGGUUAUGCAAGUGGGCCUGUGAGCUCUCAACGUCUAAGCCGUGCGCAUGUGAGACAGCGAUAAGCUCGCGUUCUCCAGUCUCCAGGGCCUUAUCAUUCCUCACGCUUUCCUUCAUCAGCUCGCAAAGAAACGUGGCGAUCAAGGAAGAGAGCACAGGCUCCAGCCUCGUCGGGGGAGGAGAAUUCGAAUCUCAGCCUGUGAGUUUACUCAGCACACCGGUUUAAUCUCUUGGUCCUUCAGUUUCCACACCUAGGAAGCUGGGACAGCAGCAGCACCCAGCGCCAGGACUGGAGUCAACAGGAACUCUGGCACCUGGGAGGCGCGCGUCCUACGUCAGUUCCGCUCGACCCCACCCCCGCCUUCUCCCCACGCGCAUGCGCCGCGCAGCGGCGCCUUUUACGACGCGGCAGGCGCGGCGCGCUUGGCUGCCGCAGGUGAACGGCGCGGAGCUGGUCUGAGGCGAGGCGAGCCGAGCGAGCGCGGCUGUGGGGCCGAGAGGACGCGCAGGUGGCGGCGUCGCCAUGUCGCACGGUCACAGCCACGGCGGGGGCGGCUGCCGCUGCGCCGCCGAACGGGAGGAGCCGCCCGAGCAGCGCGGCCUGGCCUAUGGCCUGUACCUGCGCAUCGACCUGGAGCGGCUGCAGUGCCUUAACGAGAGCCGCGAGGGCAGCGGCCGCGGCGUCUUCAAGCCGUGGGAGGAGCGGACCGACCGCUCCAAGUUUGUUGAAAGUGAUGCAGAUGAAGAGCUUCUGUUUAAUAUUCCAUUUACGGGCAAUGUCAAGCUCAAAGGCAUCAUUAUAAUGGGAGAGGAUGAUGACUCACACCCCUCUGAGAUGAGACUGUACAAGAAUAUUCCACAGAUGUCCUUUGAUGAUACAGAAAGGGAGCCAGAUCAGACCUUUAGUCUGAACCGGGAUCUUACAGGAGAAUUAGAGUAUGCUACAAAAAUUUCUCGUUUUUCAAAUGUCUAUCAUCUCUCAAUUCAUAUUUCAAAAAACUUCGGAGCAGAUACGACAAAGGUCUUUUAUAUUGGCCUGAGAGGAGAGUGGACUGAGCUUCGCCGACACGAGGUGACCAUCUGCAAUUACGAAGCAUCUGCCAACCCAGCAGACCAUAGGGUCCAUCAGGUUACCCCACAGACACACUUUAUUUCCUAAGGGCUGGCCAAGGCUCCCAUAGAGGCGCUGUGUCAGUGAAGAUGUACGACUACCUGUUGGGAAGGACAAAGGGAUGAGGCUCCAGAGAGAGUUGGCUGCCACAGCCUCUGCCAAGCUUUGUCUUUGGGGCUUGCUGCAGAAACCUGGCCUACGGAAGAUACGACACCACUGGGAGGGUUGUGUAGGUGCCAGGGGACCAUCGUGGUUCUCUAGAGCGCUGCGGAAAUUGGGUCUUGGGCUGGGUGGCAUCUGGCAGUCAUGGAUAACGCUUGCUUUUCCAGUUAAUGUGGCCAUGUGAUUCCAAGUGUCAUGUUGCUUUGUGGCAGGAUUGUUGUGUGACUUGUUUUUUUUUUUUUUUAAAGGAAACUAUUUGUGGGCUAUAGGAAACUUUCUGACGCCUCAGGAUUGUGUUAGUAGUAGCCAUCAGGAGGGUCUCCAACUAAAACACUUGUUCCUGCUUGCUCCUUGCCCCUCUCAUUGUUCAGCAUUCUUGUCAAGUUGCCCAGCUUGGAGUUGUCUGUCACGCACAUGUGUCCUGUGGUUAUAGCUAGAAGGACAGGAGUCUCUUGCUGUUGCGUGAUAGCUUAAGCUUGGGGAGAAGAUCUUUUCCACUGCCUAGCUAAGCAGUCUGGGGAGAGCAUGGGGAUCAUUUCUAUGUGUGUGGGUAAUCUGGUCAGUAAGAUUGAGACUUAGUUAAGAUUCCCCUUGGAAAUUCCUUAAUGUUUAUUAGCUUCUAACUAGUGUUGUAAGUCCGAUGCCAGAAUUUGGAGAUUUGAGUUCUUCUUUUCAUGGCUUUUAUUCACUGUGACUAAUAAGCUUCCUAAUAAAUCCUUGCCAGACUUAA